AUGAUUUGCAUAAUUAUUGAAUUUCAUAUUAUGAAGAACUUGCUUCCCCUUUAAAUUAUAACAAAAAAUCUUGCUCGAUUUAAAUAAGUUUUGAUUUUUUUAAAACAAAUGUAAUAAAAUUUGAAAAAUUAAUAAAUAGUGCAAUAUCAAAUUAAAUUCUCUGAUGUUAAAAAAAUUAAUCGAUUCAUUGAGAAAGCUGUUUAAAUAAUAUUCUACUUGCAUUUUUUUUAAUAAAAUUAGGUCAAAACUAAUUUUAUAAAAAUUAAUAUUUACACGGAUAAAUUUUCCUUUGUUUCAAUUUAAAGGGAACCAACAAAUUAAAUCCAUCCAUAUUUUGUUCCAAUGUUAAGGGGUGAGAUUUAAGAGAAAUUUUCGAUUAUUUUGACCAGGAUAAAAAGGAGCACUUAACCCCACAUCAGCUUCGGUGUGCAUUAAUUUACAUAACUGGAAACAAGCCCAGCAAAAUCUAUAUGAAUAGGCUUAAAGAGCAAUAUUCCAAAACUUUUACAUUUCCUGAUUUUGUAGGGAUAGUGAAAAUGCAAGAAACUCCUGAUAGAGCUUUAGAGAUUUUACAAGCCUUGGAUCUUCAGAAUGAAGGAUUUAUCAAUUGAAAUGUAUUUAAUGAGCUAUGUGAUAGCUAUAUACCUCACACACCUCAAAAUGUAAGGACAUCUGUGUUUUCUGAAGUAGAUAGCAAUGGGGAUGGGAGGGUCACAUUAAAAGAUAUAGAAAAGUUAGUAUCAUUUAAAUCAGACUAA